CGUUCCCUUGUUAGAGAACACCAAGCUACAAGCCCACAACCAACCCCCCUCUCCUCUCCUCUCCUCUCCUCUCCUCUUUUUCUUUUUCAUUUGGUUUUUCCCCUAGUCAUCAGAGAUUCAGAAUAUGCAGGCUCUAUCUCCAUCUCCUAAUCUCAAAUCCUUAAUCAGGACGAGGCCGCUCGUUCCCACUCACCGCGUCGCUCCACACCGACUCGUGGUUCAAUGUGUUUACAAAUCCGACUACUCUAACUUCUCCGGCGGCAUCGGGUUCAGCCGAGCUGAUUGGCAAAGCUCUUGCGCCAUCUUAGCUAGCAAGGUUGUGUCGCAGCAGCAAGGCACCGAGAAGAGCGGCAACGCCGAUCUGACCGCUGUUAAUGGCCACAAGACACUAGAUCUCGUCCCCAUCGAGAAUCUGCCCAAGCCGCUCACCAUCACCGACCUCUCACCCGCUCCGAUGCACGGCUCGGAGCUCCGUGUGGCUUACCAGGGUGUUCCCGGCGCGUACAGCGAGGCCGCCGCCGGAAAAGCGUAUCCGAACUGCGAGGCGAUACCGUGUGACCAAUUCGAGGUGGCGUUUCAGGCUGUAGAGCUGUGGAUCGCCGAUCGAGCUGUGCUGCCGGUGGAGAACUCGCUCGGAGGCAGCAUUCACCGGAAUUAUGACCUCCUGCUUCGUCACCGCCUCCACAUCGUGGGCGAGGUCCAACUUCCGGUGCACCACUGCCUGUUAGCCUUACCGGGAGUGCGAAAAGAGUACCUGACUCGCGUGAUAAGCCAUCCUCAAGCCCUGGCCCAGUGCGAGCACACGCUCACCAAACUCGGCCUCAACGUCGCUCGCGAGGCCGUGGACGACACCGCCGGAGCCGCGGAGUACGUAGCGUUGAACAACCUCCGAGAUACGGCGGCGAUCGCGAGCGCCCGAGCGGCGGAUCUGUACGGACUCCAGAUAUUGGCGGACGGCAUCCAAGACGACUCGAGCAACGUGACUCGGUUCGUGAUGCUUGCGCGCGAGCCAAUCAUCCCUCGCACCGACCGGCCAUUCAAGACCAGCAUCGUAUUCGCACACGACAAGGGAACGUCCGUACUGUUCAAGGUUCUGUCAGCGUUCGCCUUCAGAAACAUAAGCUUGACGAAGAUCGAGAGCAGACCUCACCGAAACCGUCCGAUCAGAUUGGUGGACGACGCGAACGUGGGAACGGCAAAGCACUUCGAGUACAUGUUCUACGUGGAUUUCGAGGCAUCCAUGGCAGAAGUCAGAGCCCAGAACGCACUGGCGGAGGUUCAAGAGUUCACAUCUUUCUUGAGGGUGUUGGGGAGCUAUCCUAUGGACAUGACGCCUUGGUGCCCUUCUGGGGGAGAUUAAGACUUCAGAUUUAAGUUAAAAGUUAAAAAAAAAAAAAACACACUUCUCUUGGUCUCUUGGUAGAGCCAGAGAUUUGUUAUUUGCGUAACCCACCCAUCCAUCCAUCCGCCCCUACAAGAAAAGGCAAAAAGUCCAUUUAAAUUCCCUUUUUAUUAUUUUCUUUUUUGGAUUUUAAAUUCAUCAAGGGAUUUUAAACAACAAGCAACAUUGUUGUUGGGUAAAUAUGUAGUUUGAUUAUCCAGCACAUUUGUGGUUAUUACUCUGUAACAAUGUGAAUACCAUUCCCAGCCAAUCUUUGUAUGUGAUGCUUGGGACAUUGAGCAAAAGCAAAAGCAACACCAACAAAUAGAAUGUCUAUUUUUUAUUUAUUUAUUUUAA